UUUUCUUGGAGAAGAACUACAAUAUUUUAAGUAUGACAGGUUGCUAAUUCUUCUCUUUUUUGUAUAAAAUAUGGUACUUAUCCACUCCAAAACUGAGGGAGUUAUUUGUUUGAAACACUGAUGUGUGGAUAAUAAGUCUGAGAGAAUUCUUUAUGGCCUGUUUCCCCAAAACACUUUUCUUGAAGUGAACUUGCUGAACUAAAACGUGCCGAGUAAGACUGAGAAUGUUCAGAUUUAUACAAAUUUUUGUAUAUCUUGAUAUGUGCUUGUGUGAUGUCUCUGUCAUUUUUCUGACUUCUAAUGAGGGUAAGACUUUUACAGCAGUAUUCUUUGUUGGUGUGUCACUGUGUUAGGACGUGUGAAACUGUAAUUAACCACUUCAUAGCCUUACACGAUGACUUGCUGUGGAUUAACAAACAUGACAGUUCUGGCCAUGUCAUCCCACUUCCAGUCAGGCUUCCACUACUCAAGGUAAAACAAAUCCAUAACCAUCAUGUAUUUAUUUACUUUUGGGGUACUGCCACUGUUGGGCCAUUUAUGAGCUCAUUCCUAAGACCCUUGCCAGCAUCGGCGAAACAACAAUAAUAAAAUCUGAAUAACUAUUUUGAAGGAAGGAGGUUAUUUAUAAUGGAGGACUAGGGAAUGAAGUGCUGUAUUUCAUGACCUUGUCAGCCUAUUGGUUUGGUUGGUAAUCCAUUUCCAUAAUGAGACAGGCAGGUUUUACGCAGUGGCCAUACAAUGCGAUAUAUAACCUUCUUUAAACUUCAGUGUCCCUGCCUGACAGUUGCUCAUCUUCAGGAGUGUCGUGCGCUUCUCUCAUCUAUCGGGAAGUAGGUAAAGACACAGACACCAUGACUGAAUUCAUUAUCCUCUUUCAGCUUAUAAACAAACAAACAAACAAACAGUGCGCAUCUUUAUGUCUUUAAGCAAAAGGAUGUCCAUGAGUCGGAAGCACAACCUGAAGAGCUUAAUGCUGCAGGUAGCUAAAGAGCUGCUAGAUGCUGAGGAGGUUGAGAAAGUGAAUGAAAGAAAGCGGUACAUGCAGGAGCACUGCCCACCUCUUUCUUUGCCACACAGCAAGGAGGAAUUGCAGGUGCUAUGCAAAGAACUAAAUGAAAAGAUUAAUGUGAUUGAUGACGAGAGAUACAAUCUUGAAUACAAGGUCAAAUUAGUUGUUGACGAGGUCAAGGACAUGAACAUAAAGAUUGUAGACCUUAAAGGCAAGUUCAAGAAACCUCCUCUGAAGAAAGUGCGUAUGUCCGCUGAUGCUAUGCUUCAGGCUCUGCUCGGCUCCAAGCACAAGGUAAACAUGGAUCUGAGGGCCAACCUGAAACAAGUGAAGAAGGAAGUGAAAGAAGAGGAUAAAGAGCUGCGUGAUGUUGGGGACUGGCGUAAGAGCAUCGAGGACAAGGCCGGCAUGGGUGGGAGAAAGAAGAUGUUCGAGGCAGAGUCCUGAACAGAUGACUCAGCUGGUGUGACUGACGUCAGCAAAAAAGCAGCUCCUAUUCAGUCUAGUUUCCUGCCGUUACUGUUCACAGAUCAGCACGCUCGUCGACUUCAUUUUUCUUUUAUGAAAUUAACAUCUAUUAAUUAACAUCUGAAUGUUUUUCACAACACUCUUUAAAAAUGAGCUCAAAUAUGCUUGUUUGCUUUCUUACCAAAAUAAAUAUAUAAAUACACUUCUA